UCCUUUUACUUGUCAUUGGCUGUGGUCGUGAUAUAAAUAGAUGUAGGUUCUUUUCCCCCCUCCAGUAGCAGGCUGGCAGUUUCAAAUAGCAAAAGCUGAAGAAGAAACUAAUUUACUGAAUUAACUGAAAGCUACACAUACUAAGAGUCCAGGACUUCUGACCCUAGCAAAAUACAAUAAAAUAUUUAUCUUACAACACCUUGGACCAUGUUGGAUUUCAGAAAAAUAAGAAAAUCAGCAUCAGCAAACCUGUAAAGGGAAAACAUUGUUUCUGAUUUCAGACAGAGAAGCUUCCUGAAGAGACACAGUAAGCCUCCCUCCAGAUUGUGCCAGUUUUAGAGAUGAAUGGGACUAACGGCGCGUCAGACAACUGUACGACGGAUAAGUUCAAGCAGGUUGUUUAUCCCAUUGCUUAUGUGACCAUAUUCACAUUUGGUGUUGUUGGAAAUGGCCUUUCCAUAUAUGUUUUCCUACAACCUUGUAAGAGAAAGUCUCCAGGGAAUAUUUUCAUGCUGAAUUUGGCCAUUUCAGACCUCAUGUUUGUGUCCACUUUGCCUUUCCGGGCCACCUAUUACCUGAUGAAAUCUGACUGGAUAUUUCGAGAUACAUUUUGCAGAAUUGUGUCCUAUAUCUUGUACGUCAAUAUGUACUGCAGCAUUUAUUUUCUUACCAUGCUGAGUGUUGCUCGCUUCAUGGUCAUUGUCUACCCAUUCAAAUGUUUCCAAGUAACCAGCACAAAGUAUGCCAGGAUCAUAUGUGUUGUAAUAUGGGCUUUUGUGAUGGCAAGUAGCAGCCAACUGCUGGACACUGGAAUCACCCCAACUAAUUCCUCAACAAAGUGCUUGGAUCUCCAAGCAAACAAUACAGACAAGAUCAUUCUGUUAAACUAUAUUGUCCUGGGAAUCGGCUUCUCCCUGCCAUUUUGCACAAUUGUUGUGUGCUAUGUGUUUGCAAUCAAAGCCUUACUUAAGGCCAAGACUACAAACGCUAGGGUAAGAACCUGUCAUAAGAAGGCAAGGUUAACCAUCAUCCUUACUCUGUUCAUAUUCUUCCUUUGUUUCUUGCCAUAUCACAUACUAAGAACUGUCCAUCUGGCACAGAUGAAAAAUGAUACUGAAAGCAAGUGUAUCUUGCACAAAGGGGUUGUCAUUACCCUGUGCCUAGCUGCAAUGAAUAGCUGCCUAGAUCCUGUACUCUUCUACUUUGUAGGUGAAAAUUUCAAAGCAAGACUCAAAAAUAUAUGUAAGAGGUAGUGAACACAAUCAAAUACACCUAUUUCUUACUGGGAAAAUUAUGUAAUAGUUCAGCCACAGAAUUGGGAGUUGAAAGACUGCGACACAUUUCUCAGCUCUGUCAUUAACUUGCCUUGUGCCCUGAGCCCAAAUUCUCAAAGGCAUCAAACUCCUCCUUAUUUUAAUCCACAUAACUUGUAUAUCAUUUCAACUGGGCUUAGGUAUCUUAAAUAACCUCAAAGGUCUGCAUCUAAAGUUCUGUUUCCAUUUCCUUUUCAUUUACAUUCUUCUGUGUAAAAUUGGGAUAUUCAAGGUAUUAUACUGCUAUAUUGCCUCCCAACUCUUGUUGAUUUUUUAAAAAUUAAGGUCCAUAUAGGGUUUGAAGACUCUUAAAAAUAAUAAAAAUACAAAGUAUUAUUGAUAUUAGCUGCCUUUUGAAAUGUUUUAUCCAAAAAUCUACAUUGAAUCUGGCUCUUAAAUAUGUGUCAUAUAAACAUUUCUACAUUUUCCACCAUUACAAACCUCUAAGGUAUGUUUUUUAAUAUUUAAAUGGAUUCUAAAGUUAAAUAUUGUCUUAAGAGUCCUACAAACAAACCAUUUCUGAAUGACAGUAUUUAAAUUCAUGUGAGUAUUAAAACUUUCCGUUCGUAUUCAUGUUAAUA